ACAGCUGUAAUGCAGAAAUAAAUACAAAAUGAAUUUAGCAGAAGCGUAAAGUUUUACACCCUAGUGAGUCUCAUGUUUUCAACUUUCCGCUGCCACUCCGUUUUUCUUCAAGCACUAAAAUCACCACUGAGGAAAGGGAAAUUUAGUGCUCUUCCAGUUGCUCCUUUGUCUGUCAAGACAAGAAUACAACUUAUAGAAGAAAAUUUAAUAGGGGGAAAUACAGUAUUGUUCAUUAAAAGGUUUCAUAAAAUGGAAUGCUGUGGAAAUAGUUGUGGAACAGAUUUUGCAAAGGAAACAUUAAAGCAAAGGUUGACGCCACAACAGUACCAGGUUACCCAAGAAAAGGACACGGAAAGGCCAUAUAGUGGAAAAUACUGCAAGCAUUUUGAGAAAGGAAUUUACAAUUGUAUUGUGUGUAGUCAAAACCUUUUUUCAUCAGAAGCUAAAUAUGAUUCUAAGUGUGGUUGGCCAGCAUUUUUUGAUGUUAUAAAUAGCAGCCAUGUUAAACUUAAGAAUGAUUUGUCUCAUGUGAGUUGUAAUCUUCUUCUCCUCACUAUGAAAACAGACAUGAAGCGGACUGAAGUAUGCUGUUCGAAAUGUGGAGCUCAUUUGGGACAUGUAUUUGAUGAUGGGCCAAAACCUACCGGAAAACGUUACUGCAUAAAUUCAGCAGCAUUAGAUUUUAAGAAAUCUGAAGAGGACUGAAAUUUUAGCUGUGCAACAUUUUCUACUGAAGACUUUUUAAACUGUUAAAUUAGGUGAUUUGAAAGUAACUGCUUUGUUGUAUUUGUUAGGGUUUUUGUGCAUCUAAAACAUAAUCUCUGUUUCUAUUGCAAUUUAUAUGUAUAUAAAUUGUGUGCAAUAAUUAAAUUAGAUGUUUAUGCUUCUUAAUCAAACUAAGUUAUUAUUAUUACUUUUUAAUAAGUGAAAGGAAAUUUAAAUUUUAUACUCAAAUAUACACAUCAAGUUGAAUGUAAAGCAUGCAUGAAAUUGUUUUAAACAUAGAGCAACGAAAACAGAGUAACCCGUUAAUGAUGCAGUGGCACAAGGGAUUUACCCCCCCCCCCCC